AUGGACAAUCCUCUCUAUGGAGAUGAGAACAGCAAAACCAUCAAAAUUGCCACCUACACAUCAGGUGCAAUUGUAGGUCUUAUAGGACUAGUCACUUUUAUAUUAUUAGCAGUUUUCACAUUUGUGAACGAUGUACACCUUUAUGCAAACUUUGCAAUGAUCAUCUUUUUAAUUUUGCAAUUAAUUCCAUUAGGAAUUUUGUUAUAUUGGCAAAGGACGUCCUAUCUUGAACCCAAGUUACGAAUUCUCAUGAUCAUUACACCAAUAUUGUUCAUUUUCGGAUGCGCAGUUGCUUUGUUCUAUGUUUUUGGUUUAUCUUAUCCUGGACAAGAUUGUUUCAGAGGUAGUCCAAUGUUAGGAAAUAACAAAAUUCCUGGACUUGAUACCAAUUUAUAUACCUUGAAAGAAAACAAAUGUUACCCUUCAAUCAGUUGUUUCUAUUCUGCAAAUUCUUGUGUUGGAUGGGACGAGUAUCUUAGACCACGAUGUGGAUAUUACAACUCAACAACCAUGCAAUGUACAAUUUAA